ACUGCUAAAUCUCAAACGGUCAGAAACCCAUUGCUCUUCUGUGGACAUACCAUUCUAUAUUUGUUAUUUGGAUGUUAUGGAUAGAAACAGUACUUACUCUCCAAUCACAUGGCCACCAAAGUUUUGGGAGCAGAUAACAAUAGCCUUCACAGUGUCCAUGGUGGUUGGACUAGUGAUUGGAGGGAUCAUCUGGGCAUUGUUCACUUGCUUGUCCCGUCGCAGAGCUAGCGCCCACAUCUCCCAGGGGAGCUCCUCAACCUUCGGCCGUCGAUCCAGACCCUCCUCCCAUGGCCACACUACUGGCAGGACUGGAUUUUACCGCAACAGCAGCUGCGAACGUCGGAGCAACCUCAGCCUGGCCAGCCUCACCUUCCAGCGGCAAGCCUCCCUGGAGCAAGCCACCUCUUUCCCCAGGAAGUCAAGCUUCCGCGCGUCCACCUUCCACCCUUUCCUGCAGUGUCCUCCCCUCCCCGUGGAGACGAACAGUCAGCUGAUCACCCUCACUCCCACAAAUACCACCACGACCCUUGUGGGAAGCACCACCAACAGCUUAAGUCGACCCGAAUUUCACUGGUCUAACAACAGCCUCCGCAUCUGCCACUCCACGCAAACCCCACCUCCCGCCUAUGAAACCAUCAUAAAAGCUUUCCCAGACUCCUGAGCUGGACCUUUGCCACAAACACGCAUGUGCAUUUUAAGGGGGAACCUCAAUCAACCCAACGAUUUUCUGUGCAUGAUGACCUCUGAGAAGUCUCCGGCUGCCGUUGCGGAGGGGACAUACAUUGCCGAGAGGCG